UAAGCCCAAUUUAAUGGGAAACUGUGGGCAUUGAGAAGUUCCUUGUGACACACUAAUCCCAGCCUGCUGACGGGGCUACACCCCCAGUGGAGGCAACCUCCCGGCGUCCGAGGACGCAGGUACCAGGUAGCCCCAAGAAGGAGCUGCCCGCCUGGCAGGGAGGAAGCUGCCUGGAGAGGCCAGGGUGGAGGAAGAAGAGCCCUUCUUUUUCUGUGGACUUCGAGUCUUCCAGAGGCAGCAUGUCGGAGGGGGAGGGCACAUUUCGAGUGGUCCCGGAAGAGGAACAGGAGCUCCGAGCCCAGCUGGGGCGCCUUACAACCAAGGACCACGGGCCUGUCUUCGGCCAGUGCAGCCAGCUGCCCCGCCACACCUGGCAGAAGGCCAAGGACGAGCUGCACGAGAGGGAGGAGACCCGGGAGGAGGUGGUGCGGGAGCUGCGGGAGCUGGUGCAGGCCCAGGCGGCCUCCGGGCAGGAGCUGGCCCGGGCGGUGGCCGAGAAGGUGCGCGGAAGGGACAGCGCCUUCUUCCUGCGCUUCAUCCGCGCGCGGAAGUUCCACGUGGGACGCGCCUACGAGCUGCUGAGAGGCUACGUGCACUUCCGGCUGCAGUACCCCGAGCUCUUCGACGGCCUGUCCCUGGAGGCCGUCCGCUGCACCAUCGAGGCUGGCUACCCUGGCGUCCUCUCCCAUCGCGACAAGCAUGGCCGGGUGGUCAUGCUCUUCAACACUGAGAACUGGGACUGUGAAGAAGUCACCUUUGAUGAGAUCUUGCAGGCCUAUUGUUUCAUCCUGGAGAAGCUACUGGAGAAUGAGGAAACUCAAAUCAAUGGCUUCUGCAUUAUUGAGAACUUCAAGGGCUUUACCAUGCAGCAGGCGGCAGGACUUCGGCCUUCUGACCUCAGGAAGAUGGUGGACAUGCUCCAGGACUCCUUCCCAGCCCGGUUCAAAGCCAUCCACUUCAUCCACCAGCCGUGGUACUUCACCACAACCUACAACGUGGUCAAGCCCUUCUUGAAGAGCAAGCUGCUCCAGAGGGUCUUUGUCCAUGGAGAUGACCUCUCUGGCUUCUUCCAGGAGAUCGAUGAGGGCAUCCUGCCCGCCAACUUCGGGGGCACACUGCCCAAGUACGACGGCAAGGUCGUUGCGGAGCAGCUCCUGGGCCCCCGGGCCCGGGCUGAGAACACGGCCUUCUGA